CAUCAUUAUAUAGACCGAAUAUAAUUCUCAUGGUAUUUUACGUACCCCAAAAAUAUCCCAAUUCACAAUUAAUCACAGUAGGGGAGGAGUUAGAGAGAGAAAGUGUGGCAUCUCUGGGUUUCUUCUCCUUAGGUUAUGCCGUUUUCUCUACCGGUUGUGUCAAAUUUCCGUUUAGAACAAUUAAUAUUAUCUAGGACAUGGAGCAAGUUUGCCUCUGGUCAGAUUGCUACCAGCACUGGGAUAUUUCAUUCCAAGAAGUCCUUGAUUGGCGGGUUCUUGUCCUUGGAAAUUUUCUUCUUGUUAUUUUUGUCAAUUGCACUUAGUGAGGAGCUUGUUUUUAAGUGACCAGUAGAGGAGGCUGAAUGCGUAUUUCUAAUUAAAUAGACAUUGAAUCUUUAGCCUGCUUCUCCAAUGCAUUGUGGAUGCAACAUCCCUUUUCAGAUCCUUAAUCUAGCUGUGAGGACUGAAGUCUGCAAGUAUUCGAAGGAAGUUUACUGUGUUAUUAAGUAUUACUAGCUGUUUCACUGUUUAUGUUCAGAGUGUUAGUCUAUAGAAUCCGUCAUCUUUCGGUAUCCUCGGUAAAGGGCCUGUUGAUGGUGUUCUGAUUUGGUUGCGGAUCAGAUUUAGUAUCUGUCCCCUGGAGAAAAAUGUCUGGAAAGCUUUGGUUUUCCAUGUCCUGAUCUAAUACUUGAACUGUUAAUGGACACCACAUCAUCAUUCAACUUUGAUCAGUGUCAAGAUGUUAUAUAGCACCACAAUCUUACUACCUUAUCAGUGCUCGGGAGUCUUUGAUUUGGUACACUUUAUGAAUAAGGCUGUGAAGCCCGUCCAUCACUGUUCUGAUUGUUUGGCUCAUGUUGAAGUGGAGUGGGCUUAUUGAUGGAGGAUCCCACUGAUUCAGCCAGGCCUCAGUAGUUGUUUAGAGUCAUCUAGAGUAUAUAUAAAAACAUCUAUACAUCUGUUUUCGUUCUUGUUCGUUUACAAUAAGUAGUGAUCACGAGCUGUUCGAGUUACCAGAAUGGAAAGGUAUAAGGUCAUUAGGGAAGUUGGUACUGGCACGUUUGGAAGUGUCUGGAGAGCAAUAAGCAAGCAAUCUGGUGAAGUGGUCGCAAUUAAGAAAAUGAAGAAGAAAUAUUACUCCUGGGAAGAAUGCAUAAACCUCAGAGAAGUGAAGUCGCUGAGGAAAAUGAACCAUCCAACUAUCAUUAAGCUCAAGGAAGUUAUUAGAGAGAAUGAUGUCUUGUACUUUGUUUUUGAGUACAUGGAAUGCAACGUAUACCAACUUAUGAAGGACAGAGGAAAACUUUUUACGGAAGCUGAAGUGAGAAAUUGGUGCUUCCAAGUAUUUCAAGGCCUUGCAUACAUACAUCAACGUGGAUACUUCCACCGUGACCUGAAACCAGAGAACUUGCUUGUGUCUAAGGAUGUAAUAAAAAUAGCUGAUUUUGGCCUUGCUCGUGAGGUCAAUUCAGAACCUCCAUUCACUGAAUAUGUUUCAACUCGCUGGUACCGGGCCCCGGAAGUUCUACUUCAAUCUCCAAUUUAUGGUCCUCCUGUUGAUAUGUGGGCGAUGGGUGCAGUAAUGGCUGAAUUGUUAACUCUUCGACCUCUGUUUCCUGGUUCAAGUGAGGCGGAUGAGAUAUACAAGAUAUGCUGUGUAAUUGGCAGUCCAACUAAGAGUCAAUGGUCAGAUGGUCUUGAACUUGCUAAUGCCAUUAACUACCAAUUCCCCCUGGUUGCUGGAGUCCAUCUCUCUGCGUUGGUACCAGGUGUUAGUUCGGAUGCAAUUGAUCUAAUCACAUCCCUCUGUUCAUGGAAUCCAUCCAAGAGGCCGACAGCCUUGGAGGCUCUUCAGCACCCAUUCUUCCAGAGUUGCUUUUAUGUUCCACCAUCACUGCGCCCCAAAGCGGCUGCGACAAGAACACCUCCUUCUGUUGGAGGAAGAGGAGUUUUGGAACCAAAUUGCGGUAGGAAAUUCUCAGGCAGUUUGUCGAACCCAAAGAAUUCGAAUAGUUAUGCUUCUGCCAAACCACAAGCAUAUGUUGGUUUAGACAUGAAGCACUCGACAGGAGGUGUGCAAAGGAAGUUGGAUAUGAAUAAUCAGGAUUCGCCUAAAAAUGAUAGGAACUUAAAGAACCCUGUCAAGCAGCAGCCAAAGUAUCGACCACCUGGAAUGAAUGGCCCACCGGCAUGGAACCAUGGGAGAACACGUGGGGUAUCGGAUGCGGCUGAGAAGUUAGCAAAUAUGACAGUAAGCUCUGGCAGGUCACUUGCAAAGGCCUCUGUACCUCCACCAAUGGCAAAGGCAUCUGUGCCUCAACCUUUUUCCAAGUCGUCUGUGCCUCUACCUCUAUCAAAGUCGUCUGCACCUCAACCUUUAUUAUCAAAGUCAUCUUUGGCUCCACCUUCAGCAAAGGCAUCUGUGCCUCCACCUAUGAAGGCUGGAGGAUGGCAUGGACAUUCUGAGUUCCUCGGACGAUCUCAAGAAGCCCUUCCUGGAAGGGCGUACAUCAGGAAGGUGGCGGGAUGAUCAUACACUUCUACUUGCUUUUUGUGUGUGCCAACAUAAUAAUGUGCCAGCUAUAGGCAUUUGUGUCCCAGUAACGCGAUUCUAUUACAGUCCCGUGUUCCUGUAUGUUUGACUUUGUUUUUAUGUAUUUUAUGUGAUGUUAUCAAUAAAGAUUUCUCAGGUUUGAUAUUA